AACCUUCUUAGCUUCUUCUAGUUUGCGCUCUCUCGGAUUUCCGUCCUUACCUCCUGAUUCCUCACACCUCCGGUAUUUCUUAGCCGAACAGCAGCCAACCCCGCAUCAUCAUCCUCGAGCUGUCUGUCAGCUGCUCGUUCCAGUGCCAUCCAUGAUACGAUCGCAGUUAACGCUCGUCGUCAGCUCCUGCCCCAAGCUUAGACUCAGUAGCGAGCCGGUCAUUUGGCACACGCUUAUUCGUCGCUUAGGACGAUCGUUUUGGCUCGCUUUAUUCACCGUGGCCUUUCUGCCGAUAACGAGCCACUGAAUCCAUCAGUCGUGUGUCCGCACUCGUAGCAGGAGUGGUCAGUUAGUCGGUGUCAGUGAUUAACGCGGAUAGCUUUAUCUACAGAGGUCUUUAGGGAGCUAUAUACGUCAGUCGUAGUGUACCCACUCGUAGCAGGAGCCGUACCUGCAAGCAACGCCAUAACGCGGUCAGUUAGGUCAUUCUCUCUCAACGGCAUGGCUGCGUCCAGCAGUACUCGAAAGCGGCAGGCUGCUGGAAUCUCGCGAUCGGCUCUGUCUGAUGUCACCAACGACCCAUCCAAGAAGCUUCGCACUCCGUCGCCUACCAGUACCAAACCCACUACUGCGAGGAGCAAUCCCGCGACACCUGCGACGCCUGCGACGCCUCCAACGGACUCUCAGAGCUCGAAACGCGUAGAAUCGGGCGUCACACUCGCCCCGUCUUUGCCGCCGAUUCCGCGCUCCGCAUCAUCACUCGACGUCGACGGCGCGGCAGUCGCUGCAGGGGGACGAAGCGGCGGAGGAGGCGGCGAAGGCGUUGGAAAGCGGACGCGUGCCACGUGGCAGAUUAGCAGCGAGAUCGGCGCUGCGCUGGAGCGGCAGCAGUCGUUGCCUGCGCGCUACUGGAGGAGAUGUGAAGGGGCAAGGCUCGACAGCGGGGCAAGACUUGGGAUUGGGAACAAGGGCGAAGAGAUGGAAGGUUUGCAUGAGGGGGGGGUGAAAUAAGGCAUCCAGGCGAAUGUACAGGAAGACCUGGGUAGUGAGCCAACAUGGGGUGCAGUACGGAAGAGUAGGGUUGGCACCAAGAGUAGAGUGCAGUACACCUGAGUUUCCUUUUUGGGAAC